AUAGAGUUCCGGAAAAAGCCUGAGCGGAAGACUGGCGAAGGGAAAGCACGGAGGUACUGGUGUGGCUCGAGCUAAAAUGACCACGUUGGUGCUUGACAACGGAGCUUACAACGCCAAAAUCGGUUACAGCCAUGAAAAUGUCUCAGUUAUUCCUAACUGUCAGUUCAGGUCCAAAACAGCACGUCUUAAAACUUUUACUGCGAACCAGAUAGAUGAAAUAAAGGACCCUUCUGGACUGUUUUACAUCCUUCCUUUUCAAAAGGGCUACUUGGUGAAUUGGGAUGUUCAAAGACAAGUUUGGGAUUACCUUUUUGGGAAAGAAAUGUAUCAGGUUGAUUUUUUAGAUACUAACAUUAUUAUCACAGAACCAUAUUUUAACUUCACUUCAAUUCAAGAAUCAAUGAAUGAAAUUCUAUUUGAAGAAUACCAGUUUCAAGCAGUAUUGAGAGUAAAUGCUGGGGCUCUCAGUGCACAUAGGUAUUUCCGAGAUAAUCCUUCUGAAUUAUGCUGCAUCAUUGUAGAUAGUGGAUACUCCUUUACACACAUAGUUCCUUAUUGUAGAAGUAAAAAGAAAAAAGAAGCAAUUAUUCGGAUAAAUGUGGGAGGAAAACUCUUAACCAAUCAUCUAAAGGAGAUCAUAUCUUACAGGCAGCUUCAUGUUAUGGAUGAAACACAUGUGAUUAACCAAGUGAAAGAAGAUGUAUGCUAUGUCUCUCAGGAUUUUUACAAAGACAUGGACAUUGCAAAAUUGAAAGGAGAAGAAAAUAUAGUAAUGAUCGAUUAUGUUUUGCCUGACUUCAGUACAAUUAAAAAGGGCUUUUGUAAGCCAAGGGAGGAGAUGGUAUUGAGUGGAAAAUAUAAAUCUGGAGAACAAAUUCUUCGUUUGGCCAAUGAGCGAUUUGCUGUUCCAGAAACUUUUAAUCCUUCCGAUAUAGGCAUUCAAGAAAUGGGAAUUCCAGAAGCUAUUGUCUAUUCAAUUCAGAACUUACCUGAAGAAAUGCAGCCACAUUUUUUUAAGAACAUUGUUUUGACAGGAGGAAAUUCCCUUUUCCCUGGAUUUAGGGAUCGGGUUUACUCAGAAGUUCGAUGUCUCACUCCAACUGAUUAUGAUGUUUCUGUUGUGCUACCUGAAAAUCCUAUUACUUAUGCUUGGGAAGGUGGAAAAUUGAUAUCAGAGAACGAUGAUUUUGAAGAUAUGGUGGUAACAAGAGAAGACUAUGAAGAAAAUGGACACAGUAUCUGUGAAGAGAAAUUUGAUAUAUAACAAACAUUUCUGAAUGAAAAUCGCGACUAGUUGUGACUGAAAGGUUUACUGUCAAUUUUCCUUUAGAGUUGGUUAAGGACCUGUGUUAUCUUUCACCCUAAUAUAAAGUCUUAACUAAAUCCUUCGACCCUUGGCUAAUUUUCACAGUCUUCUUAGCUACAUUAUUACAAUAACCUGUAACUUAAUUCAUAAUUUUAUUUAGAAAUUGGACUACCAUGCAAUAGUUAUGAGAAUAUGUUGUAUGAAAGAGGGCACGUUUUUUAAGUCUAAUUCUUCAUUGCCAGGAGCACAAACUGAACUUUUUCACUGGUCUGUUUUACUUAGUAGGUAAUUUUUCAUUACUUUACUAGGAGUUGGCCAAAGUGUUUACAGGAUAAUAUGAUUUCUCUCUCUUAGAUCCAAGUAUUUUAUUUAAAAAUCAUUAUUUGUAUUUAUACAUAAUAAAGUUGGAAAGACUAUGUGUA